AUGGGUAUCUGGGACGCCUUCACCGAUAUUGUCGAGGCCGUGACGCCAUGGAGCGUCGUCGAGGCUGAGGCUCCUGCCGAGCCCAAGGAGGAGCCCGAGGCCGAGACCGAGACCAAGGACGAGCCCGAGGAGGAGGCCGAGGAAGAGGAGGAAGAGGAGGAUGAGGAGGAUGAGGAGGAUGAGGAGGAGCUCGUCGACCCCAAGGAUACCCUCGAGGAAGAGUGCCGGAACUCUCCCCAGUGUGCUCCCGCCAAGCACCACUUUGAUGAGUGCGUUGAGCGUGUGCAGCAGCAAGAGAGCGAGGGUGGUGCCAAGGAGGACUGCGUUGAGGAGUUCUUCCACCUGGCUCACUGCGCGACCGCCUGCGCUGCUCCUAAGCUUUGGGCUAAGCUCAAGUAA